AUGUAUGAUGGCAUUGUUAGAACGUUUGAUGCUUGGUAUGUUCCUGGCUUGCAAAAGAACCUGAUCUCUAUUGGUACCUUAGACAAACAAGGGUACAAUUUUUCAGGAAAAGAUGGACAAAUUACAGUUUCCAAAGGUGCUCUGGUUGUCAUGAAAGGAAAGCUACAACAUGGAAUUUAUGUUAUGCUUGGCCAUUCCUUUCAGGGAACGGUGUCUGUAUCCCACUCCUUAGAGCAACAUGUUGAUAAUACAGAAUUAUGGCAUCGUAGAUUGGGUCAUAUGAGUGAACGUGGUCUUGCUGUGUUAAGUAAACAAGGAUUGUUGGGUGGAGCGGUGACAGGGAAAUUGAAAUUUUGUGAAUCUUGUGUUAUGGGUAAAAAACGCAGGCUGAAAUUUUGUCACAGUAAGCACACUUCAACUGAAAAAUUACAAUAUGUUCAUUCUGAUUUAUGGGGUCCUUCCCCUGUCUUGUCUCAUGGAAGAUGCAGGUAUUUUUGA